AAAUAUAAACUUUAAUCUCUGCUAUGCAAUCGAUUGAAUAACAAAUAGAAAUAAAAAUAUAAAAAUGCUAAUAAAAAUCCAACUGAAUACGUCAUUUAACGACUACUAUCGAUCAAAUUCCGACUAAUAUCUCAAAUUGUCAUGAGAGAUUUACGAUUGUUCUACAGGACGGCAACAAAAAAUGCGCUCUUUUCAUAAACACCGCUAGAAGUAUCUGUCAAAAGUAAUUAUAAUCAAAUGAAAUCGUAAAAAAGCAUACUGCAGCAUAAUUUAAAAUUGAAAUGGAUUUUUCAAAGAAAGUAAGGAAAAGCGGCCUUUUUUACUACCGUCGAAGGAAAAUUCUCGAGAAAUGGACUAAGGAAAACCAAUUAUUUCAAUCAGAUCAUUGUACGUUCAAUCAACAACUAUCAUCUACUUUGGGGCAGGAGAAUCGACCGGAUGCUACGACUGAUGAUGGGAUCGCAACUGGUGAUCUCUCUGGUGAUAGUCAGUUUAUAAAUACACAAGAAAUAGACAGCGGUAUUCCGAAUAUUGAUAACCCUACGGACACUAAAGAUUCAGAAGAGAAUGUAUCACUAUCUGGUGCGUAUGACGAUCUUAUAUCCACUGAUGAACUCGAUUCAAUGAGCCUUGAAGAAAGCAUCCGAUAUUGGGCUCUUAAAACGAACCAACCGCAUCAAUCCAUUAACAUGAUUAUGGACAUCAUACGCAAAAAGACGGACGGGAAACUAUUACCGCGAUCCGCCAGAUCACUGCUAAAGACUUCAAGAACUGCAACGUCGAAUAUCGUAGACAUAGCUGGUGGUCAGUAUUGGUACUAUGGGAUUAGAAGGUGCCUGGCAGAUUUCUUUCGCGAUAUCGAUCAUCCUAUUUCCAUUUCAAUCAACGUGAACAUCGAUGGCAUACCUGUUUACAAAAGCAGCAAAGCCCAGCUAUGGCCAAUUCUUUUCAAUAUAUUUGAGAAACCAGAUAUUAAGCCAAUGGCCAUUGCCCUAUUCCUUGGCAAUUCAAAACCUGAAAGUUUGGAAGAAUUCCUGCGACCUUUUGUAGAUGAGUUCACAGAUAUCUUGAACAAUGGAUUUUUCAUCAACGGUAAUAAAAUAACCAUUCGAUUGAGAUGCUUCAUAUGCGACACACCCGCACGUGCCUUCAUUAAGGGUGUAUAUGGCUUCAAUUCAAAAAACGGUUGUAUAAAAUGCACAUGCGAAGGCGAAUACUCAUAUGAAUCUCGCACAGUAGUAUUCACUUCAGUGAACUGUGCCAAACGAAAUGACCACGAGUUCAGGACGAAUGCUUAUAGUCACCAUCAAAAAACGAUCACACCUCUGAUUGAUAUUCCCAAUCUGGAUCUUAUUCAGGAUAUUAUCGUAGCAGAUCGCCUCCACCUAAUUGACUUGGGUUUAAUGAAACGAUUAUUGCUUGGGUGGAGAGAUGGCACUCUAGGGUACGCAGCUAAAUUAUCAGCUUUACAAAUUAAUGAUAUGACGGUUAUUAUACGGACAAGACUAUAUAUUAUACGGACAAGACUAUUAUGGUACACACAAAUCAACGAAAAAAUUUCCUUUAUUAACAAAUUUCGGAGAUUCUGUACGCGUUGA